UCGCAGGCCGCAAACAUGCAUCACACAACGCGAGGAAACAUAUCACAUUGCGUUUUCUCGUCGCGUGAAGUCCAGAAAUUGUGAGAUUUAAAUGUCAUCGAGUUUCCAAUCGCUUUCGUAAGCCGCGCAUUUAAAUUUAAUUCGCAAAACUUGUCUUCUAAAUCCGCGAUGCUGGUUCGGGAAUUUUAUUGUUUCAACAAGAUCAAAUGGACUGAUUUGACAGUGGAGAUAAAUUCUAAAAAAGGAGACAAAGAUGUGCUACUUGUCGGGUAAAACUUACCAAGAGUUGGAACAACCGACCCUUAGGGCGAACAAAUUAUUAGGGAUUCGUCGAAAACUUGUCGCGUCGCACAGAUCGGAAUUUCGAAGUGAGACGCGCGUCUAUCUAUGUCACGUGUUAUAUGACCCAAGAGCCACUACUUGUACCUUAUACACGCCGCAUCAUAAGUCGUGGUUCUCUCGGGUUGGUCGCAAAGGAUUUGCUCGCGAUCGUUCCCAAUAAACAUAUAAAUAAUUUUUAUCACAGUGACAUGAACAAAAUUGACAUCACGGCGUUUGAAAAAUUUUUUAAAACGAGGCAAACAUACGUUCGGUCAUUCGGAAAGAGAGAGCGAGAGAAGAAGCGAAGAAUCGAGUGCAGAAAGUGCAAACGACAAAAAUUUACAGCUACACGUACGCACACAUACAUACGUCGCACUGUACAUAAGUUCAGUUAUCGCGUGUUGUGACGGCGGGACACCGCGUGGUUCGGCAGUUUUUCCGCUUCUUCUUUUUUUUGCAAACAAUUGUGUGCGCGUAAGUGCGUGUGUGUGUGUGUUUAUCACGCGUGUCUCGCCCUUGGGACAGAUAUAACGGAAAAUGGAAAUCGUGCCGGAUUCCAGAAAUAUGCUGGAUAUCAUCAAUUCGCCUAACCUCGCGUUGCUGCUACUCACUACCUGCCUCGCCGGCGCAAUUUAUAUCCUGAUUCGGCAUGCGAUCAGCAGGCGGUCGCCUUCCAGCCAGGAUGAGCAGGACUCGUCAAAAAAUUUGGCUCACAAUCAGCUAGCAACUGCACCUAUGAAUGAUAACACCUAUCAUUCUGUGAAUGCUCAACGAGAGAAUCGAUCAAGGAACAGGCGAAAUAGACAACUUCCUUCUCAUCCUUGGGAAAUCGCUACGCUCAGAGGACAUACCGACCACAUCUACGAUAUGAGUUUUUCAAAUAAUGGAAGAUACGUUGUAAGCUGUAGUGGAGAUCGGAUGAACCUGGAUCUUUUACGCCCACAAAUGUUUGUGCAUUACGAACCACGUGCAUCAUUAUAUGUGCCGCCGGUUGACUGGAGUUUAGAAUUUCGAUCUCACCAUGGAAUGUAUCAACCAAGAAGGAAUGAUCCAAGAAGGAAUGAACAAUUUACAAUGGACAAUCCGUCAUCGUGGCAGCAGAGAUUUACCUCUAUAUAUUCUGAUAAGUGGGAAAAAGGACAAUCUGCCACCAACUUAUAUCGCAAUCAUAACGAACGAUUGCAUAUGUUCCGAAUCGAGCCCAGUUUUUAUUUCAUCCUCGAGCUUCUUAUUGACAAGUGGCCGAUCCAUAAGAAAACACGCGGUUUCCCGAUGGUUUCGCGCGACUCUCGAAAUUGCGCGAUGAUUAAUAACAUAAUAUAUCCGUCCCAGAAAACUGCCAUUGCAAAAGAAAAAGAUGACAACAAUGACAGCGGUUACAUGACCGAUAGUUCUUUCGAAGACGAGCGGGAGAAUUUGUCGAAAAAAAACAAGCGGACGUGUGCCAGAUGCCAAAUGAUAUAUUAUGUCGACGAGACUGGCGAGUACUUGAAGAAGGACUGUUGCUCUUAUCAUUGGGGCAAAUUGCAUGACAGAGGAUACAACGAAGAACAAUACUGGACAUGCUGUAACAAAUUGAAAUUGUCAUUGGGCUGCACGAAGGCGAACGGACAUGUGUGGAACGGCUUUACGAAACCCGGAAUAAACGGACCCUUCGCGGGUUACGUACAUACCGAAUCGUCUAAAGAUAAACAGAAUCACACCGUCUAUGCUCUGGAUUGCGAGAUGUGCUACACGCGACAUGGUUUCGAGCUCAUCAAAGUCACCCUUGUAAAUUUGUGUGGCAAAAUAGUAUACAACAAGUUCGUCAAGCCGAGCAGCGAAAUCAUCGAUUACAAUACUCGAUUCAGCGGCAUUACGGAACAGGAUUUGUUGGACGUCACCACGACCCUCGAAGAUGUCCAGAAAGAACUGAAGACCAUAAUCUAUGCUGAGACGAUUAUACUCGGUCAUAAUCUAGGCAGCGACUUCAGAAUGCUGCGCUUGUUCCACGAUAAAAUCAUCGAUACUACCGCGCUGUUCCCACAUAGUAAACCGUUUCCGUAUUGUCAUUCAUUAAAAUGGUUAGCGAAGUGGAAACUCAACCGGAUCAUACAAGAGACGCAUGAUUCCUUCGAGGAUGCCUGCGCAGUCAAAGAUCUAGUGUUACUAUAUGUGCAGGAAAAUAAAAUCAUAUAUGACAUAGUGUACAAACAACCUGGCGAUUGUUGGAACAUUGGACUGGAAAAUACUCUUUUUAACAUCUAAAUUCGCAUAAAGAGAAAAAACCUCUACAAAAGAUCAUAUCAUGUGAUCUAAUUAAAAAAUAAUAAAAAAAAAAAAAAAUAAUGAAGAGCGCCUAACAUCAUUAAUUUGUAUGAGAUAAAGAUGAAUGUAGGAACGCGCGCUACAUUCUUAUAGUUUUUUGUAUUUUUCCGAUGUCCAUUCAACAUGUAAAAUUGUCUUUGAAUCUGCUUGGCGACGCAUCAUCUCAACAACAAUUACAAAACGCAAUAUUUUCUUUCCUGGGGGUCGAAUUCGAACACGAGGUAACAUGGGUUUCAUAAAGUCUGAAGGCAAUUUCAAUAAGAACGAAAGCAAUGGUCUCAAUAUUGGCAGCGCAUCAUUACCAGGAAUCAGCGGGAAUGAUUCAACUUCUAGUGCUGCAUCAUCAACAGUGCAGUCUAUGGCUAACAAUGGCCCUCAUGCGAAAUAUAACAUGCAUCAUGUAAACAAGUUUACCAAUGCGAUCAAUACAACUCUAGACUUACUGAAUAUAUACCAAAGGAAUUAUCAGAUGCAUUUCAUAUUGAAGAUGAUUUUCUGAUUUUCCACUCAUCUAUACCAGGUUGCUAUUCUUGGGACGAAAAACACGGAACAUACGGAACAUAGUUUAUAGAAACUUUGUGCUUUCAAUUAUUUAAAAAUGAAACUUGUUUUGAUUUAAUGACUGAUGAAAUAUUAUAUAAAUAGACAUAUUCACGAAACCA